UCGCCAUUGCAAUCUUUCUCAGCUCAUGAUUCAGCAUUUUCCCGCUCCGCUCUGAUCUGUUCUUGUUCCUCGAGAUCCCGUCACCGCCCAUGGCUUCUUGGCUCAAGGUCGCCGAAGAUUUACUUGAAGUUGUAGACCGAAGAGCAAAGCUUGUUGUCAAUGAGUUGUCAGAUGAGCAGUCUGAUUUGCAGCCUUCAAGUUCAGCACCUAAUGGUCAGGAAGUCAAAGCCAGAAGGACAAAAUCAAAGACGAAGGCUAAUUCAAGACCUUCCUCUACAGAAGUCUCUAAAACUAAUCUUGAACAGCAGAAAAACAUACAGUUGUCAGCACCAGAUGUGAAAGUUGACAGAGUUGAAACUUCUACGCAUGAAAAUUCUCUCGAAGACGAAACAAAUCAAACGACUGAGACGUCCUCUGAACAUCAAGCUGAUAACAAUAAUAAUACAAUAGUAUCAGAUAUUACUGCAUCAGGAGCUACUCAAAUUGAUGAAAGCGAAAAGGAUAUUAUCAAUGCAAAAGCAGUUCCUAUUGCACACAGUGAUAUUGAGACAAAAAAUAUCUCUACUGAAGAUGCUGCUACAGCUGCAAACUCGGAAGAUGUGCUUGAGAAUUCCACCCCUACAGUUGUGGGCAAAGAAAUUGAUUCCCCCAGAGUUAACCAUCCUGCUGAUGCAGAUUCAAAACUCAGUACAGCCCAUGAAGAUGCCUCUUUGACAGUUGAGAAAGUGAAACCUGAAUCUGAGACGGUAGAGAAGCCCAAUGUUAUCAAUAGCCAAGAAAAUGAAAGUGAUCCGCAGCCUGACCCAUCACCAAAUUUGAACAAGCAGCAGGAAAUUAAAAAUGAAACAUUGCCGAAAAAAAUUCAGGACCAACUUGAUGAGGCUCAGGGGCUACUCAAGAGUUCAGUCUCCAGUGGUCAAUCAAAAGAAGCCAGGUUAGCAAGGGUUUGUGCUGGCCUUUCGUCUCGUCUUCAAGAGUACAAGGCAGAAAAUGCUCAGCUAGAGGAACUUCUUGUUGCAGAGAAAGAACGCUGCACUUCAUAUGAAGCCCGUGUAAAGCAGCUGCAGAAAGAUUUGUCUGCGUCCAAACUUGAAGUGACAAGGAUUGAAUCGAAUAUGAAAGCCGCUCUUGCUGCAAAGAAUGCUGAAAUUGAAUCUCUUGUUGGUUCAAUGGAUUCCCUAAAGAAACAGGCUUCUGGUUCAGAAGAAAAACUUGUAUCAUUACAGGCAAACAUGGAGGCCAUAAUGAGGAAUCGUGAACUGACUGAGACUCGAAUGAUGCAGGCUCUACGAGAAGAGCUUGCUUCUGCAGAACGCAGAGCUGAAGAAGAACGUAUUGCACACAAUGCUACCAAGAUGGCUGCUGUUGAAAGAGAAGUGGAACUUGAGCACAGAGCAGUUGAGGCAUCCAAUGCACUUGUUAGGAUCCAGAGGGCAGCGGAGGAGAGCACGGCAAGGGCCACUGACCUGGAGCACAAAGUUGCUUUACUUGAGGUGGAAUGCGCAUCUCUUACACAAGAAUUGCAAGAUAUGGAGGCACGCAAUCGUCGUGGACAAAAAAAGUCCUCUGAAGAAGCUAGCCAAAUCCUUCAGAUGCAGGCAUGGCAAGAGGAAGUGGAGCGUGCACGUCAAGGUCAAAGAGAUGCUGAGACAAAGCUUUCUUCAUUGGAGGCUGAGUUACAAAAAAUGAGAGUGGAAAUGGCAGGAAUGAAAAGAGAUGCGGAGCAUUAUUCGCGGCAGGAACAUAUGGAAUUAGAGAAACGUUAUCGCGAGCUAACUGAUCUGUUGUAUCAUAAGCAAACACAACUUGAAGCCAUGGCCAGUGAAAAGGCUGCAGCGGAGUUCCAGCUUGAGAAAGAGGCGAGGCGUCUGCAAGAAGCACAGGUAGAAGCUGAAAGAAAUAGAGUUUCUAGACGGUCAUCGGCAGUAUGGGAGGAGGAUACUGAUAUAAAAGCACUUGAGCCUCUUCCCUUGCACCACCGCCACAUGGCUGGCGCAAGUGUACAGUUGCAAAAAGCUGCCAAGUUUUUAGAUACUGGAGCUGUCAGGGCCACUAGAUUUCUAUGGCGUUAUCCUGUUGCUCGGGUCCUUUUGCUUUUCUAUCUGGUAUUUGUGCACUUAUUCUUGAUGUAUUUGUUGCACCGGCUUCAGGAACAAGCAGAUGACUUUUCCUCCAGAGAAGUAGCUAAAUCUAUGGGGCUUGGAGACACAAGUUUGCCGUAACUUAGCCAGAGAUUUUCUUCCUUCUUUCUUGAUAGUAACAUUUCUCACUCUUUAUACAAUGUAAAUGUUUUCAUUUUGUAGAGAGGCUUUAUAGUCUAUUCUUUUACAUCUCACAUGCAUAUUAUUUCAAGUGUAAUGUAAUAAUACUAUACGAACAGGGUGUUUGAUGUUAUGCAGUACUUAGGUGGACACAGGGAUAUGUGUGGACAAAUAUUUGUAGUUACAAGUGGAGCAUACAGUGAAUAUGUGAUUUGCUAGAAA